ACUGUAUGUGCGAGCUGUUAGCUAGAGCGCAUGUGCCAAGACCAGAGUGGGCACAUUUGCUAUUUUAACAGUUGUGACAAAACCAUCAGUAGAGUUGAAAAUGUGAUGGAAUCUCAUUUAACUUGUAUUUAUUUGUAUUCGGUACAUGGGAAUUUAACAAAAGUUAUUUUUUCAUCGGCAAAAAGACUGAUGGAAACGUGUCACCGGUGGGAAAAUGCGCAUAUUGUUUCAUGCAGAUUGUAUAUUCGUAAUGAAAAUAUGUCUCAAAUUGAAUGGAAACCUACCUAAUGUCUAGGAGUGCAGUGAUGCGUACGUAACAUAUUUUGGAAUGCCGUUCCUUUCAUUCAAGGUUUACAAAUGCUAUCAUCUAAUUUCCCCAUCAAUCUUCAUAGGCCGAUCCACUAUUUAAACUUACAGGCUGCAAGUAAAUGAAGGACUUUCUGGUCUCAGUGAAGCUUGGUCGGGAAUGUCUUCCUGCCUAGCUGGUAGACUGGCAGACGUCUUAAAGCGAUGUCACCUUGUGUAUCUGGAGAGAAGAAUGUUUAGUGAAUAACUUGAUUGUUUCAGGCAAAACAAAUGAAUGAGCAUCCGACGCACUUCCAGCUGGGUAUUUUCAAACUAGAUUUGCACUUCGAAGAGAAGAUCUUGGGCCUGCUUCUCUCGGUUGGCGAAGCAACGUUUUUUUUUUUUGUCCUUGAAGAUCGCUACUACUUAUGAAUGGACGGAAUAGCCUCAAUUAGCCUACUGUAGCUAGAUGGCUAGCUUCUUUACAAUGAUUUAGUCAAGACAUGCACUACAGGAUGCCAAAUCUUUCCAGCGGAUGAGUAUUAGUUACGUAAGAUUUAAUGUGGUUUUUUUGGUAUGGUUAUUAAUUAUACUGCACUGAUAGAGCGUAAAUCCCAGAAAACAGAUUUGAUAGUGGCAGCAGCAGAGAUAUUUGAGUGUAAGAGAUUUUAAAGCAGAAGAUCUAAAGGGUUUUUUAAGAAAAGGGGUCUGUCCCCUCCUCCCAGUUGUCCUGGAAUAAGAUCUGGGAGGACUAGAGUACAGGGAUAGGGGUGGUGAGUUUUUUGGGAUAUAGUGGUGUAUAAAAUGUGUGGGUUAGAUGGUGGUGCAAUUUAUUUUCUCAAUUUCCCCUUAUUUUUUUGUGACAAUGUGCAAUUCACACUCCGACCUGUGAAAGGAAACAAUAACCAACACAGCGUCCAGUCUACCGGAAACUCACACGAAGAAGUAAACAGAAAGUGAACAGUGACUAAGAACAAUUUCCACUUUAGCGUUCAUUGUUAUUUAGACGUGUAUUAACACCCCGGAACUCAAAAUAUGACUGAUUUAACUGGACAGCAUCACAUACUUACAGCGUGUAGUGUUUAAUAAGCGUUGGAGAUGGGACUUGAUUGAUAGACGUGAUCUCGGUAACGCUAGUGAACAAUGGAUAACUGUAUGGUUUUUCACACUCAAAUAGCCUCCGUCAUGGAGGUGCUAGCGAAUGCAGCGAUAGCUGAGGUCUGUAAACUCGUAGACGACGACUAUGCAGUGUUUCGUUUGGAAAUAACGCAAAGCCAGAAAGAAAACAGGGUUUUGCGAAGGAAACUACUGGAACUGAAGGUGGCAAGGGAGCGCGCAGAGAGGACAACGCGGGAGCGCGUCCUCGCCAGUCGUGUCAAGAUCCCCGACCGAAACAGAGAAAUGUCAAUAGUCACUGUCUCAGGUGAAGGACGUCUCACUGGAGGGAACAGGAGCUUUGUGAAGCCAGCGAGACACAAUACAUGGAGAGAUGACCAACCAAUUACUGUUGAGGGGAGUGGAACCUCAACCCAGCACGUUAUCGUAAUAGAGGCUGCAGGUCCUAGGGUCAAGCAGGAGAGGUCUGAAGGAGAGAAGGACCCACAGCACAGCAGAGCCAUCCAGACUGGAGCGCCCCCUGUAAGCAUAGAGGACCCCACCAGUGCCCCAACGUCUCCCAGGAACCGACCCAGCGUCAGGGAGGUCAGCGGAACGCAGAAUGCCGUCCUCAAGUCAGAGACCGACACCAAGACUUUAAAUUUAACACACAGGCUCUUACACACAGGUUCUGACCACAGAUCAGACCCAGGGAGACUGGGCUGUCCUCCUGCUCCUGGUUCAGAGUCCUUACCGGUAUUUCACCAGAGCCAGAGGAUGGUUCAUUGCCGUGGAGAUGACGCGAUAGACACUAGUGUUGAUGAUCCGUCUUGUUCUUACACUACAGAGAUGGACCCUGGCAACAUGACCUUGGUUUCAGAGACACAGACUGAUCUGUCUAGAGGGGACUGGAACCGGUAUAGUAGUAGUGUAUACUCUGAAGGGUGCCUAGCUAAGAAAGGGGAGGUUAUAGUGAAAGAUGAGGUGACUGUGAAAGUGGAGGGUGUCGUUCCUCCCACAUGGAUUGCAGAUAGUCACCUAGGAAACAGACACUCACAAGGCAGAGAUUUCUUAUAUUACAGGGAAAGCUUAGAGACACAUCCAAAUGUUGAGACCCACUCCCCUACACACACAUUCAGGGAAUGCGACUCAGUGUCCACGUCGAUGGGUCCUUCCGAUUCACACGGCCGCGUCCUUUUUGAUCAGGUAUUGAACUCAAAGGACCAAAGGGCCAAGGCUCGGGGAGGGGGAGCAACAUCAGGCAAUAGUAAAGAGAAACGGUUCCUCUGCAUGUUCUGUAACAAAGGCUUCAGCUGCUCCCAGAAUGUGGAAAUCCACCAGAGGAUCCACACAGGAGAGAAACCCUACAGCUGCCCCCAGUGUCACAUGUGCUUCGCUCAGUCUGGCAGCCUGAACAGGCACCAGAAGGUCCACACAGGGGAGAAACCCUUCAGCUGCCCUCAGUGUGAUAAGAGGUUCUCCCGUCAGCACCUGCUGAAGACGCACCUGAAGAUCCACACAGGAGAGAGGCCAUAGCGCCUGUACGCACUGCAGGAAGAGAUUCUCAGAGAAGAGCUACC